AUUAUUGAAUUUGAAUGCGGGGAAUGUGGAAAAUCUUUCAAUACAGAUGAUGAUCUGCAAUACCACGUCGACUGCGAACACGAAAUUUGCUUCGUAUUGAACGAUCGUAAUUCACUAGAAGCCCAAAAGGAAGAUAUACCGAUCAAACCCCCUACCAGAAUGGAUGCAAGCAUUCUCCGCGAAUGUUGUGGCAAAGAGUUUUCAUUCGAUAGCAGACGCCUAGGGGAUAAAUUCCAUGCCAAGACCUAUAGAAAGCCACCUGCUAUGCAAAUGCUUAUUGAAACGGGUCACAAAGGUGAUGCGGUAGCUGAUAAAGCAGCGACCCGUCCACCUCUUCACCCGAUCGAGGAGGUGACAGUUACAACAAAACCAGUUGAAAAGAACCUAUUGAACAAACAACAGACGAAACAGUGUCAGAGCUAA